AUGAAGUCUUUCACCAUCGCCCACCCCGAACAAGCCAAGCAACUAUUCCAAAAGCAACCCCAACUGUCCUACGCACUCUUCCAAGCGCUACUCCUUAACAAUAUCCUCCCGCCCGAAACAAUAUACAAGAUGCACGCUGGAACGUCAGCAGGAUCAGGUCCCUCGAACGUCGCAGGUGCUCCGCCAGGCUCAGCAGCCCUGGCACCCACACCUGCUCCACACGCCCGACCCCCACCCCACAUCCCAGCGCAACACCCGCCUCCUUUCGCUCCUCAGCAUCCUGUACCCCCUUUCCCGCCCACUGGCCAACAACCACAGUCCAUGGCACCACCACCUGUUGCAGGAUACGCUGCCGCACCAGGCUACUACCGUGGAACGCCUGUUCAACCUCAAGCUCCCGUGCCUCCAGCAGCAGCAGCAGCACCUCCAGCCACAACAGCACCAGCGGCCCAACCUGCUAAUGUCGCAGCCGCGGCAGCCGGUAUUGAUGACAGCCAGCGGGAUAUGCUCAUGUACGUUCUGAACAUGAGCCAGGAGGCAAUCAAUGCUCUCCCUGAACAACAGCGCGCCUCGAUCAUGCAACUGCGUAAUCAAUUCAUGCCAGGUGUCGCGCCUCCGAGCUAAAGCAGCAUUACCGGAAUGUUCAACGUUCAACUGCAUAUUUCACUGAACAAAAGCCUGGCCAUGCAUCCUGCAUUUGUCCAUACAAACGCAGCAUACAUACGAGGUCCAGAGUCAGACCUGCUUACAAUUAAACUCGGGGAUUACGGAUACCACCCGCCACUCUACUUUACAGAUUCACAGGAUACCGACAUCUAAUCACUUGAAACUCUCACCUUUCGUCUGCACAUACUUCAUAGAUUGUACAUUGGCUCUGAAUCACAAACCGU